AUGAGCGAGCGUUCGAGGCCUUUCUGGAGCGCUUCGGCGAGGGCGGGGAGGGCCGGGCGCCGGGCCCGCAAGACGAGGAGGGCGGCGGUGGACUGCUUCCUUUCGAUGACCCCCCGCGGGAUGAGGGCCCUGGCCAGGAUUUCGGCCUGCGCACCAGCACGGGAAUCCCGCUGGACGGCGCUGCCGGCCCGAGCCGGCCGGAAGAAGGGGAGGCCGGCGGCGGCGGUGACAGGGGGAGGGGGAAGGGCAGGAGGGCCGCGCGGCGGCGCACGCCACAUCAGCUGCACCUCAACAAACUUUGCCAGAAGCGAUACAGGUGAGGACGAAGAUCGCCCAAGGGAGCGGCAGAGGGACAGGCGGGAGCAGCUGGAAGUGGUGGCCACGAGGCUGGAGGAGAGGACCGCCCUGUACGACAGCGUGGACCGCGAAAACGUGCUCCUGAGGGAGGCCAAUGAGCGGCUGGCCGCGCUCGUCGCCGAGCAGCAGGCCGUCAUCGACCGAAUGCAGGGCGAGAUGCAGCGGACGCGGCGCCGCGAUUCGCUUGUUCGACAGCUGUCAGACCCUGGGCUGUUGCAUGGGAGCCUGCAGGCAUCUGGAUCGAAGAUUUCAACACAGGCUCCCCUGCGAUCAGCCGGCCAGGGCCCUGACGGCCAGCAGCUGGGAGUGGGCCUGGGGCACAUGCCCCAAACCUCUAGUGGGCUCGACCAAUCCAUGCUGGCCCCCCUUUCCCCUGCUUUGGAUCCCUCCCCUUUUGCUUCUGGCUCCCACGACAGCCAUCAACUGCCGCACCAGCAACGGUUUGGCCGUUCUACAUCCCCAUCAAGCUCCUCUGGGGUACCUGCCGGCCGGAUUCCCAUGGUUCAGGUUCAAGGCCACACAGUGUCUCCCUUUAGCACUGAGGCCCUUCAGCAACGACACAGCGCUCAUGGGCCUCAGUACAUUGAUGCUGUUUACACCAAUCCACAGAGAGUGGGCACGAGUCCCCAGUGGGGCUUUCUGGAAACGGGACAGCCAGGGGCCGCGGGGCCCUCGAAUCCAGAUCUUGGCAGCCUGUUGCAACGGACUCAGGAGCAACUGUCGCUGGCCCCAGUGCAGGGCUUCAGGCAAGGCCUUCAUGAAGAGCAGCUCAGCAGGCCGAGAAGGGCUUCAUCUGGCUUGGGCGCACCCCCACUGGUGCAUCUUCCAGGCGCAGGUGCAGGCACCGCUGCACCUUCCCCUGGCUUCGAGCCAUCGCUGCCACGGGAGGGUUCGAUUUCGUCCGGUGACUUGUCCACAGGCGUGGCUGUCAAUCUGGGAGGGCUGAUGGGCAAGAUGGAGAUGCAGGUGAGGGCCCUCCAGGACGUGUUGGAUAGCCAUGCCAUCUGCAACGGCAGCAAACCUGUCAGCGCACCCGUGGCGCAGAUGCUGGGUGACAUGGUGUCCAACAUCACAGAGACGGAGGUGAGCAUCGCGAGGCUCAGAACGCCCAGGCCCUCCGACCUGGUCAGCACCUCCCAGUCGGGGUUCCAAGUGCACCUCACCCUGGAGGAGAUGGAGAAGUUCAGGAAGUGCUUGGCCAUGCUGGGGCUGAAUGCCUACCAGAAGGACGCGAUGGUUGAGCUGAGGGCGGAGCAUCUGGCAUGCCUGAGAAGGAUAUUAGAAGAGAGAUAUAGGCUCAAUGUGCAGGCGGCAGCUGCACUGAGAGCUGGUGGCGCUGGGUCCAAGGACAUGAGGCUGGUUUGGGAUCUAGUCAAGCGCAACGUCGGGCAGGAGCAGCAGGCAUUUGUGGACGGCCUCCGCAGGGUGUUGUUAAGCAUCCUGGAGCCGACACAGGCAGCGCUGCUGCUGGUUGAGGUUCAUCCAGGCUCGGUGGAUGUUGCAAAGCUGACCACCGCAGUUGCUGUGCUUGGCGGCGAAGGAAGCGGGGGAACAACCAGCCACAUGUAG